AUGCCAGGCGGCAGCGGCACCGGCCAGAACAGUGCGGCCCAUGCCGUUAUCCUGAGGCGGGGCAGCGGGCAGUGUGACGGCCUGACGGGACAGGCAGGAUUCUCGAGGACGGCGGGGACGGGGACGAUUCAGAGUUCACAGGCUUUCGUCAGACGACGGGGACCCGGGGACACGGUGAUUGGUGUCAGUUGUCACGGCGUGGCGUGGUCACCGCGCGCCAAAGCGACAGCGACGGUGGAGUUAAAUGGGGGCGGGCGAUCAUCAGCCAGCGUCACUGCCCCUUGCAGCUACCGCCACGCCACCAUAACGCAGCACGCGCGCGCGCCCAGCCAGGUGAUUCCCAGGGCUCUCAUGCCUGUCGAGAUAUUAGGUGAGAGCGUGGGGGAAGUAAAGGUUGUAUCUGACAUGCACGAGAGGAAAGCAGAGAUGGCUCGACGAUCUGAAGCAUUCAUCGCUCUUCCAGGGGGGUACGGAACCAUGGAGGAGCUGUUGGAGAUGAUAACAUGGUCCCAACUCGGAAUUCACAACAAACCCGUUGGGCUGCUCAAUGUGGAUGGUUACUAUGAUACCCUGCUUGCACUGUUUGACAAAGGCGCGAGAGAGGGCUUCAUCAACCCAGACUGUACACACAUACUUGUCUCAGCGCCAACCGCCGCGGAAUUGCUGACAAAGAUGGAGCAAUACACUCGGUCGCACCAGGAGGUGGCCCCAACGACGAGUUGGGAGAUCUCAGAGCUUGGCUACACAACAGCACCACCGGCUGAUGGAUGA